AUGACAGAUAAAACCACCUCUUCAUCGAGAUCUCGGAAAGCAAACGCUCCUAUUAGCAAAGAGAACUCCAAUACCAUUAACACAGCAAACAAUAUAGAAGCUGGUGAAAGUAGCCUAGUAACUAGUAUAUUAACUAGCGGCCUAAAACAACAGGAUAAUUCACAAAGAGAAGACCAAAGCAUCAACGCACCAUCUGUAGAUAAGUCGAAUGCGAAUCAGUUAGAACAGACGUCCGAGCGACGAGAUGACAAUACACAACAAACGACAAGCUUGUCCAAGAGCCCGAGAAAGAACGUAACAACAUCUAGACCCGAUAGUCAAUCAAAGUCAAUAGCCCUAUCGAAAGGCAAAGCACCGGAAAUCAUCGGUGAAGACUACAUAUCCAUACUAUCCGGAAAGCCAUCCAAUGCAUUGAACAAUCAUGAUCAAGUCACCCGGAAGUCGACAAGUGUAGAAUGCGAAGCGUCGAAAUCGAUUGACCUAGUAGAUGAGGUGGAUUUAAACGACAGUGGUUCAGUCUGGAAGCACGCCUUAUCAUUGGCAGCUGAAGGUUCUAUUGAAGAAGCAACGACGUAUUUCAAAAUCCACGCCACGUUGUCAUCUAAAUCGAAUAAGAAGAUUAAGGAUCUAGAAGACCAUCCAAGCAGCACACUGUCCGAAUCAAAUGCAGAAGUGGUAACUGAAGGAGGAAUAACCUUCAUUCCCGGAGCAAUAACUUCACACACCGACAUCGGCUUCACUCCGUACUUCGACCGAAACUUACGUGAACUGAAAGGCCCAAUCCCCCUAACGAUCUUUAACAAACAUUGGCAAGAUCUAGCCAACGGGUAUCAUGUUGAGAAAAGAGUCAAAACCGAUAACAUCAACAAAGACACAACGACUUACACAGGAUACCCAUACCCACACGAGAUGACCCAAUCCUACUCAACGUGGAAUAGUUUCCGAAAAGGGGAAACAGGACCACCGGACAUAUCUCAACGAAGAGACGACGUUGCAGCGCUAUGUUUUGCUGAGUCAAGACGCCUAGAUGAAGGAUCCUUCACAGACAACCCUUACGCGAAAUGUGGAGCGCGUUUCGGAUUUGAUUGGACAACUGGUUUACCAAGAUCCUCGAACAAUUCUUCAUCUCACAACAUUAAUUCUCAUUCAUACAACCAGAACAACUCCUCUCUGAAUCAUAACAAUUUGAAUUCCUUCCAUUCAAACAAUGGGCCUGUAAACGACAAUCAGUCUUCAAACUAUCAUCAGAACCCUCACGGUAGUACCAGUAAUAAUCACAGAAGGCCUAGCAAUCGUCAUGAAAAUAGUCAUCAUAACGGUAGAGGAAGAAGCGGUUAUAACGGACAAAACUUCGAUCCAAACUACGCCGCGAAGAAAGCUGCAUUAGCUGCUGCUAAACAAGCGCAGAAUGGUAACUCCGGGUAA